CUCAUGAGGCUAGUUCUAUAUCCUCAAUCUUUUUUCGUGAACCUUUCAAUUUUGUACAAAUUCAUAGUCGAUGGAUUUUUUUGACGAUAAUUAUUUUGACAUAAUCGCGUUACCGCCGACCAAGGCAAUAUUGGAUGAGAAUCAGUGCAUUCAACCAAGUGAUUACAUACCUUCCUCAAUUUAUGGUGAUUUAUAUCAAUAUACUGGAAUUGAUGAGAUUCCAUCAUACACAGAACUUACAACAAGUUCACUCAUCUCAACGCCGUCAUCGAAUGCUUCACAGCCAUCAGAACUAGAGCAGUUUUUAAUAUUUGAUUGCGAUGACUCGUACAGUGUGACAACAUUUGACAAUUUACCGGAUCAAACAUUAAUGUGUACGGACUCUUGUGCCGCAUUCAUAAAAGAAAGUUCAGAAAUUUUACGAGUAAAUUCAUUAAAAAUUCAGCAGCAGGAUGAAAUGUCGUUGUCGUUGUUUGAGGAAGCUGCGAAAAGUGAUGAAAAAGUUUUCUUUAGUUGUAAUUUUGGGGAUUGUCAAAAGACAUAUUCGAAACCAGCUCACUUACGUGCACAUAUGAGGAGACAUCUUGGUCUUAAACCUUAUUUCUGUAAUUUUCCAAAUUGUUCGUGGAAGUUUUCUCGUUCUGAUGAACUUGCUCGUCAUCAAAGAUCUCAUUCAGGUAUCAAACCAUACAAGUGCUUUUACUGCUCAAAAACAUUCUCACGAAGCGAUCAUCUUAAAAAGCAUGUGAAAAUUCAUGAGAAGAAGUUAAAUGGCAGCAAAUUAAAAUUCAUCUGGGAUGAAAUGCCAAAGCAGAAACCUGGAAGGAAAAAGAAAAUCUUAACAACAACACAAUAACAUCAGUUUUUCCCACAACUUUAUCUUUUCACUCAACUCCUUAUGCUGUACAAGAUAAUCGAAUUAAAUUGUUUGAAGCAUCAUCUUCAUCUUUUCAUAAGAAAAUUGCAUGUAUUCAUAUAUUUUAUAUUUUAUAUAUUCUUUUUUUUUGUGAAAAGGAAAAACUUUACAUAAAGAAUUUAUGCAUGCAAAUAAAUUGUGUGUGAAAAGCUUGAAACACCCACUUGUUGAUGUGAUGCUUCUCAUUCAAUUUGCAUCAUCUUUUUACUGAAGCUUGUCUUUUGAUUCUUUAUAAAAGAGAUCCAAGUAAAAGGAGAAAAGAGAUUGUUUGAUGGAAAAUAAGAUGGAAUUUUUCCUGUUUUGUAGACGUGAGA